GAAUCAUGCACGUUGUUGUUAGUAUAACUAUUAGACGCUAUUUAGACGUUGAGAUUAUUAAAGAUCUAUAUGAAAUAAAUUUGUCUUAAAUCCGUAUUGAAGUAGAGUAAGUAAAUGAUGGAUUCAUAACGUCUUUCUAGGCUGAGGUUAGCACACGAUGUGAUUCCAUCAAUACACGUCGUGCUUCCUCAAUCAUCACCAGCAACACCGCAGCCUUCUACAUCUGGUAGCACCCCUGGCUCCCGCACAGCAUCCAUCAAACGAGAGAGGAAGAGAGUGGUUUCACAGCUCAUCUAUGACACUGGCAGGCCUAGUGCUGGUCAAAGUGAUGUCAGUAAUGAUGAUGAAGAGAUGACUGAGACCGAAGGCGAAGAGCAGGGUGCAGACAUACCUCUUAAUGUGGAAAAAUUAACUACACUCUCAAAGAAAACUCAGACUCUUGUUUGGAGACCAAAAUCGACGAAACCUGCCAUUCACAAAAAAACACGGGGAACACAGACAACAUUUCGAAUUCAACAUGCCACUAAGCCUAAAAUUAGACAUCAAACUCCAACUCCCCACAGCGAUAGCGAAUCAGAUAGUACAGAUAUACCAGCUGAUGACAAAGACAUCGAAUAUCUUCCAGACACCAUUGAAGAUCCUGAUGUCGAGCACUUUGAGGAAAUGAUAGAUGAUGACAAGGAACAACCACACAAACAGAAGAAGUACGUUGUUUUCCAGUCUGCACUAUUGAUGCUGUUUACAUCAUGCAUCAUGUGCAGGCAAGAAAACAAACGCUACAGAAAAGUUCGUGGGUCAAUGGUAACUGUGAAGACGGUGUGUCCGAGCUGCAGUUACACCCACCUGUGGGACAGCCAACCCAGGAUUAGGAACAUCCCACUCCUGAACAUUCUGCUCAGUGCUGCCAUAGCUUUUACUGGUCUCCUUCCGAACAAAACUCUACGACUUUUCAAAUUACUCAACAUCCAAUGCCACGCAGCCCGGACAUUCUUUCACCACCAGCGCCACUACCUGCAUAAUGCUGUAUCAAAAACAUGGAAGGCAAGUCAGGAAAAACUGUUUGCAAAACUCGAAGGAAAGGACUUAACCUUGGCUGGAGAUGCGAGAUGUGACUCUAUGGGACAUUCAGCAAAAUUUGGAAGUUACUGUCUCCUAGAAGUUGGCACCAAUAAGAUCUUGUCAUUGCAGUUAGUCCAGAGCAAUGAGACCAAAGGCAGUUACCACAUGGAAUUAGAAGGUCUGAAGCGAUGUCGGCAGGAAUUAUCUGCAUUCAACACCACUGCAUUUAUAAGCGACAGGCACAGACAAAUUGCCAAGUGGGUACGAGAAAACUGGGCCAUCAAACAUUGCUUUGACUGCUGGCACAUUGUUAAAGGAAUGACCAAAAAAAUGGAAGCGCUAUCCAGGAGACAGAAUCUUGGGGCUAUUAAGGACUGGAUUCAGAGCUUGAAAUGCCAUCUAUACUGGUGUGCCCUAUCCUCAAAAGAUGGGGAGGAAAUUAAAGAGAAAUGGCUGGCCUGUGUCGACCACAUCCAAAACAGACAUGACAAGUGCUCACAUCCUCCACUCACCAAGCAGAAGAAAUGGCUUAAACCAGGAAGUGAAGCAUGUGAACAGCUGGUGGACCCAAUUACAAAAACGAUGUUCAUAAAUGACAUCAUGAAGAUGUCGUCUAUUGGCCAGACCAGUGGGGUCGAAUCCUACCACAGCCUGGUUAACCAGUUUGCCCCCAAAAUGUACAAGUUCUCACACACAGGAAUGGUUAGCAGAAUCACUCUUGCUGCGCUGCAUUACAACGAAAAUGCAGGCCGGCCAACAGCAACAACGAAAGAAGGCGAACACAGGUACAAAGUUGCGUUCCCGAAAUACAAGUCUGGGGAUACUCUCUGCGCCCUGUUAGAGUCAAAGAAACAUAUGGUUAUGUUGAAAAGUGCUUUCAAAUGGUGUAUCAUGAACUGGCCACUCUGAAACGGAGCAUCCCCCAAGAGCCUCCGCCACUUGCUGCAGAAUAUGCUAAGCCAGAUAAAAUAGACAUCAUUAAGCAACAAAAAAAACGAUUUAAACCCACAGAUAUGUAGGGGACUGUGCAAUUAUAAGACAUGGACAGGGGAAAUCCAAGAAUUAUGCUACUAUUAUAUUCGGUCCUGGAAAGUACUGAUAUUAUGCUGUUACAUUUUAUUUCGGGACAUCUUAAAAUUUAUGUUAACACUUUUAAUCCGGGAAAGUCCUAGAAAUAUGCUAUUACUUUUGAUCCGGGACGUCUUAAAAUUUAUGCUAUGUUUGAUCCGGGAAAGUUCUAAAAUUAUGCUAUUACUUUUCAACCGGGACGUCUUAAAAUUUAUGCUAUGAUGUUUGAUCCGGGAAAGUUCUAAAAUUAUGCUAUUACUUUUGAUCCGGGACGUCUUAAAAUUUAUGCUAUCAUGUUUGAUCCGAGAAAGUUCUAAAAUUAUGCUAUUACUAUUGAUCCGGAAGUCAUGUAACUUGUGCAAUUAUUACGUUUGAUCCUGUUAUUUGUGCUUAUACUGUUUUUACAAAUAUUAAAAUAAUAACAAAACAA